AUGGGAUUCUCAGCGACCUCGACAGUGGUGGCCGUCUCAUUGCCUCAGACGAUGACCACCAGCACGAGGCGGACUGCCGCACUGGCGAACAGACUGCCACUCGGACGCCGGAUCUGCACCGUUCUAUCAUCAGCUGCGUUGUUGCUUCCACGGCACAUGUCCUCGUCCUCGUCGUCGCUGCAGCAGUCGUCGUUCGCACGAGGCUCGGGGACUGGGUCAUCAGUCGCGAUCGCCCUGCAGCCUCCACCGCGAGCUGAACUCUAUUCGACUGCGAUUCGAACGAACAGCUGCCACCAUCACUAUAGCAUGGCCCACAGUUAUCACGGCAACAGACGCAAUGGACCUGGGAUGACGAUGACGCGCGGAUUGUCGACUCUCGCUGCCAACAGCAUUGUCUUGGCACGGCGAUCGUCAAGACAGAGCCUCACCGGACUCGACGAACAGGCCGAAAUGGACGCGCAAGAUCAUUCCGAUUCAAGCCGCGUUUGCAGCGUUCGUCUCAUCCGGAGGCUCACGCCCGAGGCUCACGCCCGCCCGCGCAAGGCGACUAGUGAAAAUCCAGUCAAGGAUUUGUUCGCAGAUGUCGAAGGUCUGACCUCCUCGCCUCAAGCGGAGCCCGUUCCAGUCAGGCGCAAUCCAGCCUAUUCCCUGCCCAAAGCGCAACAGACCAGGCUUGUUGCUGCUCUGGUCCAAGCCCUGAUGUCCAACUCGACGGUCAGUCGGAUGGCUGUGGAGGCAGGGAUGAAUGUCGCAGAGUUCAAGUCAGGCCUGGAUCAUUAUCUUGUUCAGCUCUUGCAGUCGCGAUCCGUUCCAAAGCCCACAGCUACCGUGCUUCAGUAUCACCUUGCUCAAAUGCGUGCCCCUACAUCGGAAAUUUCAACCAUUCCCCUUCCAGAAACAUACCCAAGCUCCAUGCAGGCAUUUGGACAAGACUUUGUGCGGUAUCGCGCAACCACAUUGGACCAGUCGGUCGUUUCGCGAAUCUCCGACAUGCGUCAACCGCAGCUGACCUACCACCAAGCACGGAGCAUGCAGCGCAAGUUCAUCUUCCACGCAGGCCCCACGAACAGCGGAAAGACGUACAGCGCACUGAAACGGUUUCGCGAGGCAAACCGCGGCAUUUACUGCGCGCCGUUGCGCUUGCUCGCGCUAGAGGUGUAUGACGACACCAACAACCACGGCAUCCCAUGCGAUCUUGUCACUGGUGAAGAUCGAAAAUCAGGCAAAGGUCGACCAGACGAGCCGCAGGAGCUCAACGACUCGGCGCUCGACAAACUUUUGCGGUUGCCGCACUUGCCGAAAGGUGAUGUCGCCAGCGCCAAUCCAAUCUCGCUCAUGGAUGGCGACGCGUCUACUGCAGCCAUCCUUGGCCUGGAUCAUGCUUCUCCAAAGGUCCCAGAGUCCAUAGGCUUGACAUUGAACAGCAUCUUCUCCUCCCAAGCAGCAGAGACCUCAUCCUCCCAGUCCGAUAAUGAUGGAGGUGAUACGAAAGCAACAUCCUCGGCUCAGUCAUCGCACGUGGCUUGCACGAUCGAAAUGGCCGACGUGGACAAGGUCUUUGACGUGGCCGUGAUCGACGAAGUCCAGCUGAUUGGUGACCGCGAUCGCGGCUGGGCGUGGACGCGCGCGCUCCUGGGUCUUGCCGCCCACGAGAUUCACGUGUGCGGCGAGCCUCGAGCCCUCAGUAUUGUCGAGUCCCUGCUCAAGUCCACCGGUGAAGACGUCCAAGUCCACACAUACGAGCGACUGACGCCAUUGGUCGUGGCGCCUCAUUCCAUCAACCGCAAUCUGGCCAAUCUUCGGCGCGGAGAUGCCAUUAUUGCCUUUUCCCGCAAAGAGCUCUUCCGGUGGAAGGCCGAGAUUGAGCGGGAAACCCGCUUUCGUUGUGCCAUCGUCUAUGGCUCGCUUCCUCCUCAAACCCGGGCGCAGCAAGCUCGCCUCUUCAAUCAGCCCGACAGUGGCUUUGAUAUUCUCGUCGCCACCGACGCGAUCGGCAUGGGCUUGAAUCUGAAUAUUGGCCGCAUCAUCUUCACCACCCUCCAAAAGUUCAAUGGCGUGAGCAACGUGACACUCUCGCCGUCCGAGGUGCGCCAGAUUGCAGGUCGCGCCGGUCGCUUCCGUUCCAAGUUUCCCCGCGGCGAGUUUACAACAUUCGAGCCCGAGGACAUGGGGAUAUUGAUCAAGCAGUUCAAUGGUCCCGCAGACUCGCUCCAGGCUGGACUGAUGGCCAAUUUUGAGCAGCUCGAGGCAUUGUCAAAGCAACUCCCUGGUGCUGACAUGCUCGAUCUCUUCACCAAGUUUGAGGAUUUGGCGCGACUCGACAAGCGAUACUUUAUGUGCGAUUCCUCCGACCGAAAGGAGGCCAUCAAACUUCUCGCUCCUCUGAACUUGUCGUUCAAGGAUCGGUACACUUUUAUCCUGGCCCCAGCAAACCUCGAAAACGACUACAUGCGAAGCUGUUUGCUUUCAUUUGCCACUGGAUUUGAAGCCAAUCGGCCGAUUACGCUCGCAGCCAUCACUGUGCCGAGCACCACUUCCGGAGCCCCGAGUGUGCUGAACGAGUUUGAGCAAUGCCACAAAAUGCUGGAUUUGUACAUGUGGCUUAGUUAUCGAUUCCCGCAACUGUUUCCCGACCGGGACGCCGCAAAGCAACUCCAAGCCCAGUGUGCCGAGCGCAUCAUGGAAGGUCUGAUUGAAGAGACGCGAACUGGACGUCGUCCGAAGCCCCAGCCGCGUCGUCGAUACUGA